AUGCAGCUUUUGGAUAAAUUCCCUAUUGAAGGAGGCCAAAAAGAUCCCAAACAGAGAAUCAUCCCAUUUCUUCCAGGGAAAAUCCUGUUCCGAAGAAGUCACAUUCGAGAUGUAGCUGUGAAGAGAUUAAAGCCAAUUGAUGAAUACUGCAGGGCACUGGUAAAGCUUCCACCUCACAUCUCACAGUGUGAUGAAGUCUUUCGGUUUUUUGAGACCCGACCAGAAGACCUAAACCCUCCUAAAGAGGAUUAUGGAUCCUCAAAAAGGAAAUCAGUUUGGAUGUCGAGCUUAUCUGAUUCUCCAAAGAAGGCUAUAGCAGGUGCUGACGCUAGCUCUGAACCUAUGAUCCUGGAGCAAUAUGUGGUGGUAUCUAACUAUGAGAAACAGGAGAACUCGGAGAUCAGCUUGCAGGCUGGCGAAGUGGUGGAUGUUAUAGAGAAGAAUGAAAGUGGUUGGUGGUUUGUAAGUACUUCAGAAGAGCAAGGUUGGGUCCCUGCAACUUACUUGGAAUCCCAAAGUGGAAUUAGAGAUGAUUCUGAAAUUAACAUGUCCAAAAGAGGAGAAGUUUCUAAGAGACGCAAGGCUCAUCUGAGGCGCCUGGACCGGCGAUGGACACUGGGAGGGAUGGUCAACAGGCAGCAGAGUCGAGAAGAAAAGUAUGUCACAAUUCAGUCAUAUACCAGCCAGGGGAAGGACGAAAUUGGGUUCGACAAGGGAGUCACUGUGGAGGUCAUUCAAAAGAACCUGGAAGGAUGGUGGUACAUAAGAUAUUUAGACAAAGAAGGCUGGGCCCCAGCAUCAUAUCUGAAGAAAGCAAAAGAUGAGCUUCCCUCUCGGAAAAAGAAUCUUACAGGACCAGUGGAAAUUAUAGGAAACAUCAUGGAAAUCAGCAACUUGCUAAGCAAGAAAUCUUCUAGUGACAAGGAAACUCAGUCAGAAAUUGAAACAACAGAAUCGCAUGUCACCAAGAAAGAAAUAAGUUUGCCCAUCUUAUGCAAUGACUCCAAUGGCAAUUUCAUGAUGACUCAAGACAAGCAGAUUGCAAAACAGGUGCAGGGGUCUCCUGCCAUAGCUCGGAUUGCCCCACAAAGAGCUCAAAUAAGUUCUCCAAAUCUGCGUAUGAAGCCACCUCCAAGAAGAGAAUCUAGUUUGGGCUUUCAGCUACCUAAACCUCCUGAGCCACCAUCAGUGGAAGUUGAAUACUAUACUAUUGCAGAGUUCCAGUCUUGUAUCUCUGAUGGAAUAAGCUUUCAUGGGGGACAAAAGGCAGAGGUUAUUGACAAGAAUUCUGGGGGCUGGUGGUAUGUUCAGAUUGGAGAAAAAGAAGGCUGGGCUCCAGCAUCAUAUAUUGAUAAAAGGAAGAAACCCAAUUUAAAUAGGCGAACAAGCACUCUGACCAGGCCCAAAGUUCCUCCCCCUGCUCCUCCCAAUAAACUAAAGGAUUCUGAAGAAGUAACAGCUGCUGGUACCACAGCUUCAGGAGAUGCCCAAGAUUCCCCACACAAGCAGAGAUAUGAGGAACCAGAGUACGAUGUGCCUGCCUUUGGUCUUGACUCAGAAUCUGAGCUGAGCCAAGGAGAAGAUGGUAACUCAGACAGAAGCUCAUUCCACCUUCCGAAACCUUCUCCUGUGUCAACCCUCCAAAGAGCAAAAUUUCGAGUUGGAGAGUCUUCUGAUGAUGUGACUCAUGAAGAGGAAACUAUCUAUGAAAAUGAAGGCUUUAGACCUUACAUAGAAGAUGCGCUGUCAAGCAAAGAAUCUAGUGGAGAUUCUGAUUCUCGAAGUUCCUCGCUAUCUUUGAUCCAAAGAAACUCUCCAUGUUCAAUUUGUCCUAAAUCCUCCCUUUCUAGUGGAGAUUCUGAUUCUCGAAGUUCCUCGCUAUCUUUGAUCCAAAGAAACUCUCCAUGUUCAAUUUGUCCUAAAUCCUCCCUUCCAAAGCCCAAAAGUGUUCAAACAAACUUUGGGAAGCCUCAUUACAGUCGUAAUGAUGAGACAAAACCAAGAUCUGCCUCAGAUGCUGGCUUAAGUAAUAUGCCCAAAUCAAGCACAAAGAGGGAUACUGGGGAGCUCACAUCUAGCAAAGCAAAACCAAUGGUGAGGCCAAAACCAUUCCUGAACAAAGCAGAUUCUCAGAGUCAAGAAAGGAUGAACAUCAGCACUUUACGUCAUCAUCUGAGACCAACUGGGCAGCUCAGAGGUGGACUUAAAGGUUCAAGAAGUGAGGAGUCCGAAAGUCCACCUCAGACAGCUUCUGGAAACUCAGAAGAGUCUUUCAGAAGGAAUUCUGCAGAAUUCAUUACAUCUCCUUCCCAUACCUUAUUUUAUGCCAGCCAGCCAGCCAAGACAGAGAAUGAAAACAACCCUUCAAAAUGUCUGUAUAUAACCACAGAUUCUUACCAAAAAGUUCAAGAUUCUGAAAUCAGUUUCCCAGCUGGAAUAGAAGUGGAAGUGUUGGAAAAGCAAUCAAGUGGAUGGUGGUAUUUGAAAUAUGGAGAAACAGAAGGGUGGGCUCCUUCUCACUAUUUGAUGCCUUCUGAUAACCAGCAACAAGAAAACACCUCCAGUGGAGGAGAUACCACAUCCAAUAUAUCACAGGCAAGAAAUAGAAGAAAUGAAAGCAAAUCCAAUAGUUUGGAGAAAAUAGAGAAGAAGGUCCAGGCACUGAAUACUAUCAACCAGAACAAAAGAACAACACCCCCUAUUCCCAAUAAGCCACCUGGUGGCUUCUCCAAAACAUCUGGGCCUGUCAAAUUGCGAAAUGGAGUUAGACAGCUAGCAGUGAGGCCACAAUCAGUGUUUGUUUCUCCACCCCCCAAGGAUAAUAAUCUGCCUUGUUCCCUGCGUAGGAAUGAGUCUCUUUCCGCCACAGACCAUUUGAGGGCUGUACGUCGUAAUUCAUCUUUCAGUACUGCCCAAUCACAAAUGAAUGAGUCUAAAAUAAAACAUGCUGGUCGGCUGGGCUCUGAAGGGUCAGAUAAUGCCUCCUACAUACCAGCUGAGCGCAAUGGAAUCCCAGUGUCCACAGUCAGGCCCAAGCCUAUUGAAAAAUCCCAGUUCAUUCAUAAUAACCUUAAGGAUAUCUAUAUCUCCAUUGCAGAUUAUGAAGGGGAUGAAGAAACUGCUGGGUUUCAAGAAGGUGUCUGCAUGGAGGUAUUGGAAAGGAACCCAAAUGGCUGGUGGUACUGCCAGAUCAUGGACAGUGGGAAACCAUUUAAAGGCUGGGUGCCCUCAAAUUAUUUGGAGAAAAAAAAAUAGAAUUACUGUGUAUUUAAAUUCACUAAUUUAUACUUCCCUACUGUGUACAUUUGGAAAAAGGGAAAAGAUACAAAGAUGUAUUUCCUUUUGCUCUGUUGUAUAUACACAGGACAUUUCAGUUGUGCUUGUUGCCCAAAAAGUCCACCAUCUUUUAGGAUGUUUUGAAGGAAUGGUCUCAUUCUGCAAAUAUCAAGAAAAUACAGCUGGAAUUAAUGCCCUUUUAUUUUCCUUUUUUCCACAACUGAUGUGCAUCAGGGUACAUUACCCCAUCACAUGAUUAUAAUAAUCAGAAACCAAAUGUGUGCCUUUCACAAUCUAGUUUGGAACUAUGGGUUUACUUGGGUGAUUGGGAGUUUGAUGCCAAACCCAAACAUGUUUUAUAAAAACUCUGCUUGUUCAUUUCUCCCAUGUGACAUGGCCAUAAAUAGUACUUGGUUCCUUCCCCCUUUCCCCAGGAUGUGUGCAGAGCAAGUGUGGAACAUUUUUCAAAGAAUCCAGCACUCAGCUAUUGCAUUCUGCUCUCUAGAUUGAAGAUUUGAGAGGGUUUUUUUCCAUUGUGCAUUUCUGGUAUUGGAUUUGAAGCACAUAGUAUUCUGUUUCUUCCAGUGGUAUCCACCCUGUUUUUUCUCCUGUGAUGUUCCUUGUCAGGUGUACCAAGAAUGGAGUCUUUAAAAAAAGUUAUAACUGGACUUUGAAGUGUAAUUCAACUUUAUGUGGUUCCCUAACAUUUGUAAACACACUAAAACUAUGAGUUGCACACAAUCUCUUCUGCACACUGGUUUCAAAUUUAAUGUUUUCCUUUUGUGGCCUUCUGAAUAAUAAGUACUGUGAUUAUUUUGAGAGUACUUGCCAUACAACUCUGUUAUUCAGAGCUUCAGAUAUCGACUAAGAAUUAACCAAGUUUCAUCCAUAGCCAAAGAACUGUAGUUGAGAAGAGGAAGGCAUCAUUGUGUGAACUGCUUCUCUUUUUGUUGGGUUAUGGCCUAUUAUGGUUUGGCUAGCUAGCUUUCUAAGGGAAGGGAAGGGAAGGCCUUUCUCAAACACUGGGCUACUUCUCCUCUUCUCGGGCUGUACCUUUUGCCUGGGGCAAAGUGGCACUGGAUCCCACAUGCCCUGCUUUCACCGGUGUUGGCUGUGCUGCGCUUUACCCCAAGCCCUGCAGGACUCUCUGCUUUUGCAGUCCUGGAGGGGUGGAGGGAGGUGCAUAGUUGCAUCUGAGAAACCAAGCAGAUGCUGCUGCUCCUCUCCCAGCGGCACUGUCAGAACCAGCUGUGUGGGUUCUACAUGUGAUUCCUGGAUAUGACCAUUAUGUGAAAGAGGACAGUUCAAACAAGUAGAACUUCCCUCAGCAGAUCGUGGCAAGUAGCAUUACCAUCAUGUAGAGAAAAAUAAAAAUGGCAGAGCUGAGAUGAGGUGGCUAUGAGUGCCACUGAAAAAAACAAAAUUUGCUUCCACACAACAGGCAUUUGUUUUGCUUCCUUUGCUAUGAAGGGAAGGGUUCUGGCAUGUUUACAACAUUUGUAUCACCAAUGUGUGUGCACAGACAGGAACAUGAAAAUCACUGCAUGUAAGGAGGCAGUUGCCCAGUCCAGCACGCACCUGUAUGUAUGUGGGAAAUUAUUUAUUUAUUUUCUUCCCUGAGUACUUCACUGAGAAGAAUGUGGGAUAUCCAGAAUUUCUCUCAUGUUGCAAUAAAAGGAAGAAUGUCAAAAUAGGUGCUCUGUGUGCACAUCAGAAUGCUGACAGCCCAUCAAGUUUCUCUCCGUUUCAUGUCCAAAGAAAGCCAUUUCUUAUCUGUGUUUUCAAGUCAGAAUGGGGAUGAGCAAAAGCCAUGGAUAUUACCAUCUGCACACUUGUUUUUAGCUUAUAUAUGAGGAGGAAGGGAGGGAUUUUUAUUUGUAAACACAAGUCUUCUGAACAAUUUUUUAAAGAACAAGUACAAAUUCUUUUGUUCUACUCACUUGGAUAUUACUUUUGUACUGAAAGAUAUUGUCAGAGGGUGAUUCAACAGAACACCAUUAGGCUGCGAAUGUUACAAAGCAGGAACUCUAUACACACGUAUCCUUUCUCCCUCUUUCACCUUUUCUUUUUAUUUAUGAUUUCAGAAUUUUUUUUUUAAAUGAGAUUUUGUGGAAAAGCAUAAAGAUUAAAACCACUGGGGUGUGUGCAAAGGCUUUGGGUACAAAGUGUGUUUAUAUUUUGAUGCAUCUUCAUAUACUAGCCUUGCAGUGAACUUUGUAAUUGUUCAACAACAACAGCAACACCACCACCGGAAGGCCUUUAUUUAAACCAUAUGGAAAUCAGACAGCAGUUUGAUGUCACCAUCUUGAAGCCCAAUAUUUUAUAUGGAAAUUGAAGAAAAGAGUUUGGGGUUUUGAGGGGAAAAUGAUAAGUAAUCUGGUUAUCGUCCAGCAACGCACUUGCAUUCUGCUGCUGGAAGAUGCAAGAAUCGGAAGAUUUUUAAUAAGAUCCAACUAAUUUUUUUUCUGAAUAAUUAAAAAUUAAGUAUAUUUUGAGAUGUUUUAGCUUUCUGAAAAUUACAUAAUUACCACUUGAUUCUUGCCUCUUAUAUUUUUUUGUUGUGUGUUACAUAUAUUACAUUACAAAGAUAACAGUUGAGGGAUUGAUUUCCACACCUCAUGUGACUAAUGCCUUUCAGGUUAAUCUAUUACAGUGCAUCACCACUGCUACUGUCCAUGUUUCUACAGUGAAAUAGCAUGGAAAAAGAGGUCUGGUGAUGAAGAGGGAACCCAAGAGGCCUGUGGAACAUCAAUAAUAAAUCUGUUUGGAGAAGACAGGUUUCUACACCACAAUGUAUUUGAAAAUGGUGUGGAUUUUGCCCAAAGCUCCUUUCCCUGGGGCCUAGAAGCUUUACAUCUCAAGUGUUUCCUCAUAUUUAUGUUUUGUUAAAAUGUUACAGCAAUUUAAGAGACUGCCAGAGCUCCUUGAAUUUAUAAUAGUAUUGUUUUCUUCUGCUGGACAGUAUUAAGUAGAGCAAAACCAUCAAGUAAUCUGCUAGAUUGCAGUACUAAUAGUAGUGAUUUAGCAACUCAUAUUAAUGUUUAUGAUUUAAAAAAAACAAUAAUGAUGAUGAAGUGGUUCAUUAUUUUUGAAUUAAUGCACUUUAACCAUUUUAAAUCAAAAUGCAGGAAAAUCAAGUGCAUUAUUUAAAGAUGCAGUAUAAAUUGUCAUUUUAAAAACACCUAUUUAUUAAAAUAAUUUAUGAUUAUUUAAAAUUUGUACUAUACAGUUUUGUUCCAAAGAUGCCAUCAUCUCUUGGGAAAGCUAAAAGUGCAGCUCCCAAAAAUUCUGCACGGAGCCAUCAGAUGCUUCAAAUGCAGUUGAUUCAGGUAGCAAGAGUCAAAUUUUUGCCAAGGAAAAGGGGUCAGUAUUUCUUGCUGUAAAGAAGCAAAUUGGCUUGUAAUAUUCUUGAUCAUCUCAGCACUGAGGAGUUAUGUGCACAAAAUUGAUCCAAAAAUGAUCGAGAGAUUUUGAAAACUUCUUUUGCAGGUUCCCUCAAAGGGUUAACCAUUACCAAUUACAUCUGAGACUAGUGGUAUCUCUUUUGUACUUUGGUGCUACCAGGCACUUCAGCAAGUCCUUUGGUGGUUCUGCAGUUAUUUUGGCAAGGAAGUCCCUGAAUUCAUUUUGAGUUUGAAAAUGCUUCUGCAAGUUCCUAAGAAAAUAGGUAUUCCUUACAUAAAUAUGGUUUGCCCAUUAUUCUUUCAGUAAGGAAAAUAGUUUUCCCUGUCUGUCCUCUCUUUCAUAGCUGCAUUUAUUUAUGCAAUGGUAAUAUUGAAUUGGCAAAAAUAGGUAUGGUAUCUGUAAGGACUGGUUUCUUAAAGCAUCUCUUCAUGAUUAGGCCAGUUGCCAGUCAAUAAAUCUAUUGUGCUUAUCAAAUAAUUUGCAUUUUUCAUGCAUCAUAAAAGUGAGCCUUGGUUUGUCCCAUAAAGGUGCCCCAAUAUAUAGAAAGAAUUACGUAAGUAUGAUGGCUGGACAGGUGGUUUUCUGGGCCAAACUCAGUUACCUAUCAUUUUUUAUUUUGCACCUUUUAUAUAUGCGUGUGUUACAUCUCUAGAAGCCUUACAUAAGGGAGCCUGUAGCUGAUUUUCUGUCAUAUGAAAGUAACAUCUACGUUCAAAAACAGGGAGAAAGAUAAGUAAAGGGCACGAUCAAGCACCUUCUUAAUUUAGUCAAUUUCACUGUUUCCCACAUGUAAUAUAUAACUUGCCCUUGUAAAUAUUAGGUACAUUUUUAGGGAUUGGAGAAUUCAAAUUUCAGUGCUAGGCCAAUGUUUGAAGAAAUAUAUUGAAAUACCACUCAAAAGGGCUGUAGCUUUCCCCACCAAAGUAUCAUCUCCUAAUUUUAAAAUUACCUUGAUCAUAAACUUAAUGAUUAAAAAAAAAAACUAUAUAGUACUUUCAGAAUGACCUUUUAAAUAUUCUGGGGACCUACUGAAUAUUUUAUGAAGUCAAAGAUUGCCCUCUUACAGAGAGAGGAGUGGCUUCUAAUCAUUUCCUGAUUCUUUAAAAUUGCCUUGGUUUUCAAAAACAACACAUAAAACAAGAACAACUCAAAAUGCAGGUUAAUAUUUUGACAAAGUCCAAAUAAUUAAAACUUUUUUUCUGCUGUAUACUGCAACUUUAAUAAUAAUGAGCACUUCUGAAUUCGUUAUUGCAGAUUUAUAUAAUGCCUGAAAAAAUACUCUUGCUUUUUUUCUUAAUUUCUAAAUUUUAGUGAGUUACGUUUACAGCUUAUUUCUGUUUAAGUACGUAUAUUUUAAUGUCCCAGGUAAUAUAAAUUAGGAUCGUAACAAGUUCCGUCGCAAGAAGAUGUGGUAGUAAGCUUGGCUGUUACCACUUAAGACUACGUGAGUGAUCUACCCUGGUAGACCCCUUGUGACCAGGAAAAAAAAAAUGAAGUCAGAUAGAGAUUUUAUCGGUCUUUCAAGCAUAUGUCAUCAGUUUGAAAUGGUAGAUUGCAGACGCUGCCACGUUUUCUAUUGCGUGAGAACUAGGUAUUAUCUAAUUUAGUGUCUCAAAAGGUAAUUAAAAUAUUAUUUAGGAUAGGAUCAAAGGACCAGUGUAGAAUUAUGCAAAAGGAUUGAACUGGCCCUAUAAAAUUAGAUGUUAAAUUUUAUGUAAACAAAUUCCUCCAUUUUUUUUUUUUUUUUUUUUUUACUGUAUCACAAAUGAGGUUUGAAACUGUUCUAUUUUUCUGAAUCCGUUCAUUCAGCAUGGGAAGAGAGGUAUAGACUGAGGAAAACCAGUCUAAGUAUUCCUUGGGUUCAUGGAACUAGCUCCACAGUUAUCUGACUUUCUAGAGCAAUGUUUUUCAAACUUAGCAACUUUAAGAGGUGUGAGCUUCAAAUCCCA